AUGGUGGGAACUGUGGGAUGCCUUGUCCCUGAACUGUUCUCCAAAUACUUGGGGACGGAUCUUGCCACACACGUCUGGUGGAAGGCAGGGUACUCGAUCUACAGCGAGGGUGGCAUUAACCUGGGCAGCCCAGACCUCAUCCGCGCCCAAAUCAUCAUUGUCAUUGUGAUCCUCCAGGUCUUGAUCAUGGGUUUCGCAGAAGGUUGCAGAAUCAAUGGCGGACCAGUGGGGGAGGGCCUUGACCCCCUGUACCCCGGCGGUAACUUCGACCCUUUGGGCCUUGCUGACGACCCGGAUAGCUUUGCCGAGCUCAAGAUAAAGGAAAUCAAGAAUGGUCGGCUGGCCAUGUUCUCUAUGUUUGGCUUCUAUGUGCAGGCCAUCUGCACUGGCAAGGGGCCUGUGCAAAACUGUGCAGAGCAUGUUGCUGACCCAUUCAAUGUCAACGGAUUCAGCACCUCCGCGAACUUAAUGGGACUCAAAGUUUGA